AAGUUCAAUAGAGAAGGCUACGCGACGCGUACGAUGCACCGAGCGAGGCAAAGAAGAAGCCAGGCGCAAGAAACGCAAUAGAUGGCGCACAUUAGCUGAAAGAAAACUUUUGCCGCGAUCGCAGAGAAUUUCUCGAUCAUCAGAUCCUGUACUCUCUCUCUUCCCCGAGCGUAGCAUCGUCGAGAAAGAGAGUCGAUUGCUUUAGAAAGAGAGUCGAUUGCUUUAGAAAGAGAACGUAAAGAGAAAGAGAGAGAGGAGAGAGGAGAGAGAGAGAGAUGUGGGUGUUCUAUCUGAUAUCGCUGCCUCUAACACUGGGCAUGGUGAUAUUUACUCUGAAAUACUUCGCCGGUCCAUACGUACCUCGAUAUGUAUACUUCACCGUAGGAUACACAUGGUUCUGCUCUAUCUCCGUCAUCAUCCUCGUCCCUGCUGACAUUUGGACGACGAUAAUUGGUCAUGACAAUGGAGGAAUCUCUUUCUUUUGGAGCUGGUCGUAUUGGAGUACAUUUUUGCUUACUUGGCUAGUGGUGCCCCUUAUUCAGGGCUAUGAAGAUGCUGGAGACUUCACAGUGAUGGAAAGAUUGAAGACUAGUGUACAUGUAAACUUGGUCUUCUAUUUAGCAGUGGGAUCCGUCGGCCUUUUUGGGCUUAUUCUCCUCAUUACUAUGCAAAAACCUAGGUUUGUUUCUCACCUCUGA